AUGGCUCAACACGAAACUCUGACGGUAGCUAUGCUAGAAAUGGACAGGAUCCAGGUGAAGAGCAAGGGAAAAGAUAUUGCUUAUCCUCGAUGGUUCGGAGGCACAGCAUCAUGCGUGGCUGUCGUAGUAUCUCAUCCAUUCGACCUAGUCAAGGUUCGCAUGCAGAUGGCUCCGCUUGAAGCAAAACAGAGCCUCCUACGUACCAGUCUAGCCAUCGUCCGAGAUGAAGGUGUACGUGGUCUAUACAGCGGAACUGUUCCGGAGUGCUGA